UCUAAAGUGCAGCUCUGCCCUUAUCUGAAGCACGUAAGCAAAUGUUUUAACAAAAGGCUGAAAUUUUAAAAUAAAAAUAUUACCCCCUUUUCUUUGAAGGAAAGCCAGGAAGAUUAUAAGACUCAACUGGUUUUAACAGAAAAGAAAUAGUGACUGGAAAAACAUCAGGAAGUGCUCAGCUCAAGAGACUUUAAGGCCUGUUGGUGCAACUUCAAGGGAAGGGGCAAGAUGAAUUCAACCAGUGAUGCCAACAUGGAAGAGAUCUCUCUGGAGGAUGAGGAUAGAGACACCGUGGAAUACAAAGUUCUUAUGGCAUAUGCCCAGCGACGACUCUCCGUGAGUAAAUAUGGGCAACUUCUGAAAAGGGAGGCGAAGACCUUGAAAGGAUCGUCUACAGAGAGAGGGGAAAGGGAAUGUAUGCCUCAGUUCGGUAAGGGUGAGACACACCAAGAACUGUCAGUCCAGGACAAAGGGCCCACUGCCCAACGUAAAAAGCAAAAGAAGAAAAAGUUUAUCUGGCGACGCCUGCUGCUUUCCUGUGCCAGAGGAGAGAGGGAGGAGGGCCCACAGGAGCUAGCCACGAACCAAGACACCGUGAAUGGGUAUGGCUUAAAGAUGCCGAUGGCACUCCAGAUAUCAGAAGGUGAGACACAGGAUUUCCUCCACGUUGCAGACAGACUUGCUAAGAUAGUUAAUGCCAGGUCGCACUCAGCUCCCCAGGGAGUGGGUUUCAGAGCACUAGAGCGCACUCCAAGUCUAGAGGCAGAUGGCAAAUUCCCUCAGCAAGAGGGAGGUGAAAAAGAUGAAGAAGAGAGGAUAAUAGAAACGAUAGUUGCAUUGUUAAGACAAUCAGGGGAUAAACUGGAAGAAACGAUAAAAAAGGACAAAACUUUCUAUCGCUGUGUCACAAAAAUGCUCUCCUAUACCUUCUUCAAGAAACUCACUGAUCAGUAUCUGGAGGAAGUCCCAGGAGAUUCUACCAGGGAGACAGAAGGCAAAAUACAGUGCACUAAAGCUGCCUUUGUGAUGGAAGUUACGACCAGACUUACAGCCGUGGACAACCAUCCUAUGAACAUGGUCCUGGGGUUUGGAAUAAAGUACCUCAAAGAACAUUUUAGCCCUUGGAUUCAGAACCACGGUGGAUGGGAAAAUGCCUUGGGAUUAUUGGACGAGGAAGAAGUAGAAUAAACUUGAGCGGAUUCACUCUCCAGGGCAUGCUGUAGCUUUACAACAAUCCAAUGCCGGAGUGAUUUUGAAAGGGGAGGUAGAAGAGGAGAAUGCUGUGACUUGAAGGUCCCCAAGGGAAGGAAGUUUGAUUACUCUUCUCGAAGCCUUUUCUUAAGGUGGAAAUGUUAAUCAAUGUGUAGGAGAACAAGACUAGCUACUUUUCACAGUGAGCAAACACCUCACUGGCCAUAGAGUGCCACCUUGUGGCUUAUGGCUACCAUGACUUCAGAUUCCUUUUUAAACAUUUUAAUGGAUGUAUCUUCAAAAACCAGUGUGUAAUCCAUGCCAAGAAACACCGAGUAUAAGUGAGCUACAGCUGCAAGGCCAGAUUUUCAUGUGCUCUGAACCCACUGAUGGGGCCAGAUUUUCCCACAGAGCUCAGCAUGUUAAGAGCCGCAAGUGCUUUUCAGAAGCUGGCCCUUAAUGCCAUCAUCUCACCACUUACAAUCAUAUUGGAUCCUGCUCCUGCGGUUUACAGGGCUGUCAACUCUCUCUCCAUCUCCCUAUCCAGGUGGAUCCCAUGAAUGAACGAUCUCAUUGAUUUCAGUAGAAGGGUUUAGGGUUGUAUGGGGGGCGGGGGGACUAGGAGGUGAGGAAGGCUACUCUUGUCAGACUCUUAGCUCUUUACUUUCAUUGUCUUCUCCUCUACAUAGACCAACCACUGACCCCUUUGCAUAGGUAUUUUUAAUUUGGCCUAGCUCUACUAUAUUUUUAAUUAUCUGGAGCCAUAUUGUCCUCCUAAGCAUUAAUUUGGCUAGUAGUCCAGAAAAUACUAGUAGUGGGAAGGCUACAUAAUUCACAGAAUUUAACUUGUCUUUUGAAUAGUAAGGAAAAUUAGCCUGGAGAAAGAGAUGCUUCCGGUUAAAAGGUAGAUUAGAAAAACUUCUGAUGAAACAUUCAGUAACCAGAACUGGAACUUUGACCAUUGAGAAUGAGCAAUACACUUAUGCCUCCUGCCUCCAACCAUUGUAUUGGAGAGAAUAAAUUACAUUGGUGUGUCAUUUAGACUACAACUGCCAGUGAAAUCAUUCCCAAUACUGUUCCUUGAUUUGUAGCCUACGUGGCUGAUACUUUUUUAACUGGAAAGAGAAGGAAUUUGGAACACUAGCAAAAGUUGCAAAAUCCAGGAGUUCUAUGCAUAACUCUCCAUGGGCAAAUGGUUACACUUCAUUAUAAGACUCUACCUUUUUUCUGAGCGGGCCUUGCAUUAUAUUUCCUCAUUCUCCAAUGUAUUCACAAGAGAUGCUGUAAAUGUUGAGUGGAGGAAAGAACAUGCUAACUUCUACACAUCCAAUUAAUCUGAAUUAAAGGCACAGGAAGAGUUUAAAUUCUCCAUUUAAAAUAUGCCAGUCUUUCAGCAAUAACUAGGAAUCAGCAGGGAUCAAGUAUCUUUCUAAUAAAUUAUUUAAAUUAACGUUGGAGAGAUGGUGUGUAACAAACUCUGGCUUUAGCCUCAGCUACACAUGACCUCAAAGUGAGUGGGUGCUUAAUUUGACACAGCUUAAAGGGACCUGUCAGAGGGUUUUGCCAUUUUCUCACAAUCCGUCCCCCCCACCCCUGCCUUUGUGGUAUCUCAUUAGUCACAUCUGAUGAGUUAGGCUAUAGACAUAGAUCACCUAAUAUAUGGUGUAUGCUUGACAACUAUCCACCCAUAUUUCUCUUUCCUUCUAGCUUUCAUUUUUCACUCCCCUCCACCCCCACCCCACACAUUCAAAGGUGUAUUAUACAGAAGAGAUUAGAUUAUGCCUAUCAUGUUGCAGUGUACGUCACCCCUGAUGCUACAUGCUGCGGCACAGCUUGAAUCAUAAGUGUCAAGGAAGAGCCAUGACAGUUUCAAAACAAGAAUCACUAAGCCUGUUACAGGGCUAGUGCCUCAGCUGCCAUGAAUGGGCCAUAUUUGCCCAUAUACACCAGUUGAAGAUCAGGUCCCCCCGUGUUGGACUAUAACAACCCUGCUGUUUCGGACUGCGAGAGGGUGGCCUCUAUUACUCCCAUGUGGUCGGGGGGAUGUUGGUAGUGCAAAGUGAGGUAGUUGCUGUCCUAUUAUGAACUUGAUUCAGGCAAUGAGCUGAUGGGGUUAAAUUCCACACGCAAGCAAGCAUGCACAACUCCAUCGCCAUCAGUGAGGUUAUGCUAGAGCUGUAGUUGGCCUAGUGUGUUUCAGCCAAUCAAAGACCAGUUUGUUAUGAAAUAAGGUGGAUUCUGACUGGGGGAAGCCGUAUUUAUUUUCCCUAGCUUGAAUCACAGUGCACCAUUCAGCAGGAUCCAGACAGUGCUGUUUUUAACAUGCUGCAAAUGGAGUAGCAGUGCUGGAUCCACAGCCCUUGUCUGUUGUGGUGCUGCUAGUGAGUUAAUUGCUCACCAAGAAGGACAGAGAGAGAUGGAAGUUGGCUUGAAUGCAACGGUGAAAAUUAGCAGCUGCUUUUUAUUUUGCUCCGUGUGAGUGGACUGCGCUGAGAGGGAGUUUUCCUCCAGUAGCAGGAGGGGUCAAUGCAGAACCUCAGUCAAGUGAGCUGUUUCUUAUUUAAAUGUUCUUUCAUUUUUCAUACAUCACAGUUACUCUUCAAGUGCAACCUACUUCUGCGGCAGAGCUCAGUCAGAACCCUUGGCCUGAGCUGAUGGCUUUGGUGUGCUGUGGGGGAGCGUGUACACUUGUCCACCACUCUUGUAAUGGCAGUUAAGUGCAUUCAUUGAAAAAUCUCAUUGCUGGGCCAAACACUAGUUAUCCAUGAUGAAUAAAAGAGUGCAAUAAA